GCCCGCCUUGGGCAGCCAGGUACGUAGAUCGGAGGCCCGGCUCGCGCUGCGGUGGGAGCGGGCGAGCGAGCGGGCGGGCGGGCCGUCAGAGCCCGGGUGCCGCUGGGACCCGAACCCGGAGGUCCACUUAGGGCCCGGCGUUGUGCGAAGCUUCGGCCACGUCUGAGCCCCGGGGGCUGACCUGUGCUGGGGAUGUCGCCCUGCGACCUGGGCCAGGAUAUCCCCUCCCAAGCUCUCGUCCUGUGGGUGAACACUGCCUAGUCCUGGUGAGCACCUUCGCAGCAGGAAGCGCAGAGCUACGCCCGCCCAUUCGAAAGGCCGUGAAGGGGUUGGGGUGGGCACAUCUUAGCCUGCCCUAUCCCGAUUUGAGGUCUGUCGGCGCUGCCCUUCAGCGUGAGCACCCAGGAUGGGCACCCCAGCCUCUGUGGUGAGUGAGCCGCCCCCUUGGCAGGCCCCGGCUGAGGCCCGGAGCCGCAAGCAGGCCUCGGCCAACAUCUUCCAGGACGCUGAGCUGCUGCAGAUCCAGGGCCUGUUUCAGCGCAGUGGGGACCAGCUGGCCGAGGAGCGGGCACAGAUCAUCUGGGAGUGUGCAGGAGACCACCGUGUGGCAGAGGCUUUGAGGAGGCUGCGCAGGAAGAGGCCCCCCCGGCCGCAAGCCCUGGGCCACUCACUGCACCAUUGCAGCCGGCUCAGAAUGCCCGAGCCCUGCACUCCACUGGCUGACCCACAGAGUGGUGCCACGGAGACGGCUUCUGGCGAUCAGUAUCUGAACUCCAGGAGGACAACUGCCAGGAUCCGCCGGAACUGGAAGAAGCCAGGCCCCACAAGCUACCUCCAUCAGAUCAGACACUGAUCCAGGGAAGGGGCUGGGAACGGCAGUAUCUUCCCCAGGAACCAGAGGGACUUUUGCCAAAGGGCCCAGGAGCUGAAGAAGGAAGAGAGACCUGAGGCAAGACAGCCCCGCAGGGGUAAAUGAAAGACCACCGCCACUGGCCUGCUCCAUUCAGAACAGGACUGGAAACGUCCCCUGAGCUCUAGGUUAUGUGGGACCCAUUCCUCACCAGAACGUGGAGAAACAGCGCCUCAGCUCUUCCCAUCUAACAGUACACCUGGGCUGCAUGAUAUUCCCCCGAGAGUCAAGUGAUGGGCACUCCGAUGGAGCAUCUUGCCACUCCUGCUCCUAACCCUCCUGCUGCUCCUGUAACCCGUGGCCCGGCGGCCUGCCCACACCCCUACCCGUCAGGCUAGCACAAGGAAACUGUGGUUUAAGUGGCAAAAUAAAAACAUUCACAUCAACAA